AAGAAGAGAUUUUGUAGUUGCGGUGGAAAAGUCCAAUUCGCCAUUCGGACAUUGAAACCAUCACCAUUCACCAGUCACCACCUUCUUCCUCGCAUCGUUCGUCUUCUGUCUGUGGAUUUCAAACUCUGCCAUUUCGAUUCCUUCGUUCAUCGUUAUUUUGCUUGACUAUUGUAGAGGCUGCAGCCUGGAUGAUUGGUGGGCUUUAAGCUUGUGAAAGAAUAAUUACUGGAUGGAACUUGCAAGACCUGCCUCAAGUAGAAGAAAAUUGAAAGAUUUAUUGCAUCAGAGUGGUAAUCGUCUUUGUGCUGAUUGUAAUGCUCCAGAUCCUAAAUGGGCGUCUGCCAACAUUGGAGUUUUUAUAUGCUUAAAAUGUUGCGGUGUGCACAGAAGCCUUGGUACUCAUAUAUCAAAGGUGUUGUCUGUGACAUUGGAUGAUUGGUCAGAGGAUGAAAUAGAUGCAAUGAUCGAAGUUGGGGGAAAUGUUUCUGCUAAUUCAAUUUAUGAAGCUUAUAUUCCUGAAGGAUAUACGAAACCUGGACCAGAUGCUGGUCAUGAGCAGCGUUCAAAGUUCAUACGGUCAAAAUAUGAAUUACAAGAAUUUCUGAAACCGAGUUUGCGCAUUGUGUCUGGAAAAAGCAGUCUACAAUCAAGUUCUGCCAAAAGUAGUUUUAUGGACAGUUUUAAAAGUACUAGUAGUUCACAGAGAAUGGAAGGUAUGGUGGAAUUUAUUGGAAUGUUGAAGGUGAAAGUGAUUAAAGGCACAAAUUUAGCUAUCAGAGAUAUAAAGUCAAGUGAUCCAUAUGUUGUUUUGAGCCUUGGCCAGCAGACUGUCCAGACAACUAUAAUAAGGAGCAACUUGAAUCCAGUCUGGAAUGAGGAAUACAUGCUGUCUGUUCCUGAGCAUUAUGGACAGAUAAAAUUGAAAGUAUUUGACCAUGACACAUUUUCUGCUGAUGAUAUAAUGGGAGAAGCAGACAUUGAUCUUCAGUCUCUGAUAACAUCUGCUAUGGCAUUUGGAGAUGCUGGAAUGUUUGGUGAUAUGCAGAUAGGAAAAUGGUUAAAAUCGGAUGACAAUGCCCUUAUUGAGGAUAGCACAGUCAAUAUUGUUGAUGGUAAGGUUAAACAAAUGAUGUCACUCAAGCUCCAGGAUGUUGAAUCUGGAGAAUUAGAUCUUGAACUCGAGUGGAUUCCUCUUGAGCAAUAGGGACUUGACUGCUGUUGGCCUAUGCUUUCUCUUAGAACAAAUUGUCUGUAAUUUUUUCUCUUCACUUUUUGAUUCAUCUUCCUAGAAGAACAAAUAAACCUGUAUUUUUGCCUUUUUAAUUUGACCAAACAUUCAGUAAAUUUUCUUCAUAUAAAAGAACGAGAGAGAAAUGUCAGACGUGACAAAAAAAA